CCGCCGCCUUCCGCCCUAGCCAAUCACCUUCCUCCGCCGCGCUCCGGCGUCGGGUUCCGCCGCGCCGCCGUCCGCGCAUACACAAGACACAGAAUCCAGUUACCCUAUCCCCUGCCCACCCUCCUCCUGGUACUAUUCUUCUCCUCCCAAAACCCUAACCCUAGCACGAACACCAGCGGCCAUGGCGCUCACCACCCGCGGCGGCGGCGGCGGCGCCGACCAGGCGCAGCCUCCGCCCGCCCCGGACGCGAGCCUGGGCUUCCUCACGAAGCGCGACACGGAGGUCAAGCUCCCGCGCGCGACGCGGGUGAAGAACAAGACCCCCGCGGGGGUCCAGAUCACGGCGGAGCAGAUCCUGCGCGAGGCGCGGGAGCGGCAGGAGCCCGAGAUCCGGCCCCCCAAGCAGAAGAUCACCGACGUGCACGAGCUCGCCGACUACCGCCUCCGCGAGCGCAAGCGGUUCGAGGACCUCAUCCGCCGCGUGCGCUGGAACGUCUCCGCCUGGGUCAAGUACGCCAAGUGGGAGGAGGGGCAGCGGGACUUCGCCAGGGCGCGCUCCGUCUUCGAGCGCGCCCUCGACGUCGCGCACCGCGACCACACCCUCUGGCUCAAGUACGCCGAGUUCGAGAUGCGCAACCGCUAUGUGAACCAUGCCAGGAACGUCUGGGACCGCGCCGUCUCGCUCCUGCCCCGCAUCGACCAGCUCUGGUACAAGUACAUCCACAUGGAGGAGCUGCUCGGCGCCAUCGCCAAUGCCCGCCAGGUGUUUGAGCGCUGGAUGUCGUGGCGCCCCGACACCGCGGGCUGGAACUCGUACAUCAAGUUUGAGCUGCGGUACGGGGAGGUUGAGCGGGCGAGGGCCAUCUACGAGCGGUUUGUGGCUGAGCACCCACGGCCCGAUACGUUCAUCCGGUUUGCAAAGUUUGAGAUGAAGCGUGGGGAAGUGGAGCGGGCACGGCAGGUGUAUGAGCGUGCGGGUGACCUGCUUGUGGAUGAUGAAGAUGCGGAGGUGCUGUUUGUAGCUUUUGCUGAGUUUGAAGAGAAAACCCGGGAGGUGGAGCGGGCUCGUGCUAUAUACAAGUUUGCGCUUGAUAGGGUGCCCAAGGCCAGGGCCGAGGACCUUUACAGGAAGUUCCUCGCGUUCGAGAAACAGUUUGGUGACCGUGAGGGGAUUGAGGAUGCCAUUGUGGGCAAGAGAAGAUUCCAGUAUGAAGAUGAGGUGAGGAAAAACCCCCUCAACUAUGACUCAUGGUUCGAUUACAUCAGGCUGGAAGAGAGUGUUGGGAACAAGGACAAGAUCAGGGAUGUCUAUGAGAGGGCCAUUGCUAAUGUACCCCCUGCAGAUGAGAAGCGGUACUGGCAGCGGUACAUAUACCUUUGGAUUAAUUAUGCUUUGUAUGAGGAGCUUGAUGCGCAGGACAUGGAAAGGACCCGUGAGGUUUAUAGGGAGUGUCUGAAACUCAUUCCGCACAAGAAAUUUACUUUUGCCAAGCUGUGGCUCAUGGCCGCCCAGUUUGAGAUAAGGCAAAAGAACAUAAAGGCUGCACGUCAGACUCUUGGUAAUGCCAUUGGCAUGUCUCCAAAGGGAAAAAUAUUCAAGAAAUACAUUGAGAUUGAGCUUUAUCUUGGCAACUUUGACCGCUGCCGGACUCUAUAUGAGAAGUACAUUGAAUGGUCUCCAGCAAACUGUUAUGCGUGGAGGAAGUAUGCAGAACUGGAAAAGAACCUUAGCGAAACAGAUCGCGCUCGAUCAAUAUAUGAGCUUGCUAUUGCUCAGCCAGCCCUUGAUACGCCUGAGGUUCUGUGGAAGGAGUACUUGCAGUUUGAAAUCGAUGAAGCUGAAUUUGAUAGAGCAAGGGAACUCUAUGAGAGACUGCUUGAUAGAACAAAGCAUCUGAAGGUAUGGAUCAGCUUUGCUGAAUUCGAGGCCUCAGCUGGCUUGGGAGAAGACAAUGAAAGUGAAGAAUACAAGAAUGAUGCUGGUUAUCAGGAACAGCAGAUCGAGCGGGUCCGGAGGUGUCGGGCUGUCUUUGAAAGGGGAUUCGACUACUUCAGGACAAAUGCUGCAGAGCUAAAGGAGGAAAGAGCAAUGCUCUUGGAAGAAUGGCUCAAAAAGGAGUUGAGCUUUGGUGAUCUUGGUGAUGUCACCUUAGUGCAGAAGAAGGCGCCGAGGAAAGUGAAGAGGAAGAGACCACUUCCAUCAGACGAUGGCUCCAAUAUUGCGUACGAGGAGUACAUUGAUUAUAUCUUCCCUGACGAGGUUGCACUGGCACCAAACCUCAAGAUAUUGGAAGCUGCUUACAAGUGGAAGAAGCAGAAGACAGAUGACACAGAUGAUGACUGAUCUGAACAUCAGAGGCUGCCUGUUAUGAAUGCUUGCUUAACCCACAGUUGGAGAUGAGCGCCGUCAUUCCAAAAUCAGAUGUAGAGAAGCUUUCCAAUACGUCCGGUGGAAAACAUGCAGUUUUGUGAGCUUCCUCUUAUCCUCCUAGAUGGCCUUUUUACGGCUUGUUUCAGUCUAGUUACAUGUCGGACUGAUAGAUGCUGAAUUAUCUGGGUUCUGUUACCUCGGAUUAAAACUGUAUGUUCACCUUGUAGGAUUCAGUUUAUCAUGGUUUUGUUACCCUGGUCCCUCCCUCAGCUGAAUGUAACUCAACAUUGUAUUAUUUGAGUUCACUACAUCAUGUUUAUUCCAUUGUUACCUG